CGCUAUGCGGCGGGAACCUGCCAAGGGGCACCAGGAGGUCCUCCCCGCGGAGGAUCCGAAAUCUGAAAGCGCGAAAAGGCUUGCAGUUGGAGGUGAUGGCCAAGAGCUUUCUUCUCGGCCCCUUCCAGUUCCUCCGUAAUUUCCUGGCGCAGCUCCGGGAAAAGGUGCACAAACUGCAGGCUCCUUGGUUCUCCAGCAGUACCACUCUCGGCAUCGCUCCAUGUAAAAAAACCCUCUCAAGUCUUUCCCUUUGCUUGUCAAGCCCUGCUGCAAACAGCUGUCUUUGUGGCAAUUUUACAUUGGGACUUUAUUAUUCCUACUUCAAGACCAUUAUUGAAGCACCUUCAUUUUUGGAAGGACUGUGGAUGAUUAUGAAUGACAGGCUUACUGAAUAUCCUCUUGUAAUUAAUACAGUAAAACGCUUCCAUCUUUAUCCAGAGGUAAUCAUAGCCUCCUGGUAUCGGACAUUCAUGGGAAUAAUGAAUUUAUUUGGACUAGAAACUAAGACCUGCUGGAAUGUCACCAGAAUAGAACCUCUUAAUGAAGUUCAAAGCUGUGAAGGAUUGGGAGAUCCUGCUUGCUUUUAUGUUGGUGUAAUCUUUAUUUUAAAUGGACUAAUGAUGGGAUUGUUCUUCAUGUAUGGAGCAUACCUGAGUGGGACUCAACUAGGAGGUGUUAUUACAGUACUGUGCUUCUUUUUCAACCAUGGAGAGGCCACCCGUGUGAUGUGGACACCACCUCUCCGUGAAAGUUUUUCCUAUCCAUUCCUUGUACUUCAGAUGUAUAUUUUAACUUUGAUUCUCAGGACCUCGAGCAAUGAUAGAAGGCCCUUCAUUGCACUCUGUCUUUCCAAUGUGGCUUUUAUGCUUCCUUGGCAAUUUGCUCAGUUUAUUCUUUUUACACAGAUAGCAUCAUUAUUUCCCAUGUAUGUUGUGGGAUACAUUAAACCAAGCAAAUUUCGGAAGAUCAUUUAUGUGAACAUGAUUUCAGUUAUCCUUAGUUUCAUUUUGAUGUUUGGAAAUUUAAUGUGCUUAUCUUCUUAUUAUUCUUCAUCUUUGUUAAUGACAUGGCUAAUUCAAGGUAGUGCCUGGUGGUGUGGAACAAUCAUUUUGAAAUUUCUGACAUCUAAAAUCUUAGGUGUUUCAGACCACAUUCACCUGAGUGAUCUUUUAGCAGCCAGAAUCUUAAGGUAUACAGAUUUUGAUACUUUAAUAUACACCUGUGCUCCUGAAUUUGACUUCAUGGAAAAAGCGACUCCUCUGAGAUACACAAAGACAUUAUUGCUUCCAGUUGUUAUGGUGAUUACAUGUUUUAUCUUUAAAAAGACUAUUCGUGAUAUUUCGUGUGUUUUAGCUACAAACACUUAUCUAAGAAAAAAGCUCCUUGAACACGGUGAGCUGGCUUUUCACACGUUGCAGUUGUUAGCGUUUACUGCCCUUGCCAUUUUAAUUAUGAGGCUAAAGCUGUUCUUGACGCCACACAUGUGUGUUAUGGCUUCCUUGAUAUGCUCUCGGCAGCUCUUUGGCUGGCUUUUUCGCAGAGUUCGUUUUGAGAAUGUUAUCUUUGGCAUUCUAACAGUGAUGUCAAUACAAGGUUAUGCAAACCUCCAUAAUCAAUGGAGCAUAAUAGGAGAAUUUAAUAAUUUGCCUCAGGAAGAACUUUUACAGUGGAUCAAAUACAAUACCACACCAGGUGCUGUCUUCGCAGGUGCCAUGCCUACAAUGGCAAGUGUCAAGCUGUCUACACUUCAUCCCAUUGUGAAUCAUCCACUUUACGAAGAUGCAGACUUGAGGGCCCGGACAAAAAUAGUUUAUUCUACAUAUAGUCGAAAAUCUGCCAAAGAAGUAAGAGAUAAAUUGUUGGAGUUACAUGUGAAUUAUUGUGUUUUAGAAGAGGCAUGGUGUGUUGUGAGAACUAAGCCUGGUUGCAGUAUGCUUGAAAUCUGGGAUGUGGAAGACCCUUCCAAUGCAGCGAACCCUCCCUUAUGUAGCGUCCUGCUCAAAGAUGCAAGGCCUGACUUCACCACAGUAUUUCAGAAUAGUGUGUACAGAGUAUUGAAGGUUAACUGAGAAGGAAACUACCCGUUACACUAUGGUACAAUGCCGUGUGUCAAAAACAAUCACCCUUUGGCUUGUUUACAUUAAUAAAAAUCACAAGCUUUAAUAACAGACACUUAAAAAUAAGAUAAAAAUGGAUUGAAAGUUUUUCUGAUUACUUAAAGGUAAAUUACUUUUCUGUUCAUUGAAUGUCAGCCUUAUUAAGCUUGUCAUAUACAUUAUGAAAUCAUUCAUGUCAUACUGCAUAAACAAAUGUUCAUUUCAGAGUUUUAAAGAGAAAUGUAUAUAAAAGAACAAUGAAUUUUAAUAAAUCAAGGGCACGUAAGUCCUUUUCAUCCAACUAGGUGAAUUGCUUCAGAUUUUCCCUAGUACCAGAGUGUACCCGCUCAAGCUCUUUGAACCACUUAGGGCAGAAGAAUCAAGCUCUGAAACGACAUCCUUACGAUGCUGAUGCUGGUCACAACCUCUUUACCUCUGUGAGGAAAUUGUAACAGUGUGUCUCUUAAGGUGUUUUUAUUUUACCAGCACUUAAGAAAAAUCUCUAAUACCUUUUAAUGCUUUUUUUUUUUAUAAUUUCAAGUUGAAUUAUUUUUAAAAACACCUUGUUUUGUAAUGGUUUGACUCUCUUGAGAUGUAUUUACCCCACUAGAUACAUAUUUGCCACUGGCUAGUUCUCCAUCUAAGCUCAAGAUGUUAUUCAUCUCUCUUUAGAUUCCAGUGGUUUUUCUUUUAACAUCCAGGUAAAAUAGAAAUUGCUACAGUAUACAACCAAAUUUUGGAGUUAAACAUAAUCAGAAAAGAAAAUCCAGUUAAAUUUAUCAGGUGAGAUUUUCAGAUCCUAGAUCUUGAAUAAAGCAAAGAUCUUUUCAUCUUGAUGGCCCCAAAGCUUGUUGGUCAUCGUCUUUAUUUCUGGCCAUUGUCUUCUUAAAUAAUAUAUUUUAAGCCCUCAUUUGUUUUUGGUUUUGGAUGAGGAAAGUCAUGUUCUCUAAGUCCUCUCCCCUAAUAAAACCUACCCAACAAUAGUGCUUUGAAAAGUGGUAAAUAGUUAUCUUGAAGAUACUCUUGCCAAAUGCAAAGAUAAACAUUCUUUUUGUCUGCUUUAUAAAUAUGAAAUAUGCCAGAUCUAUAGUAUUUUAAUGUGCAUCUACUUUAAAUGAGUCAUCUUGGGAUUUUUAUAAUUCCCUUAUAUUCUUGCCCCUCUGUACUUGAAAUAACAAAAUGCCUUAAUUGUAUAGAUGAGUUCUCUUACAGUAGACAGGCAGUUAUAUGCAGCAAAACCAAUAAAGUUAUUUUUCAACUUUCACAGUUGUAAAAUAUUUUAUAACAGGAUACAAAACAGCUAAGAAAACAUGCCACAUUUUAUUUAUUUUAGCAUUUUCAAAUAAUUUGUUUUUGGUGUAAGCACAGGAUAAAAAAGAAAGCGUCAAAGAGAAGAGACAUAACACCUAACAUUCAUAAAAAUUAACAAAGUACAUUUUGGAUGAUGUUUUUACAGGAAAUAUUUUAAAUAAGUUGGUAGAAUUUUUAAAAUGGUACUCUAUUAGCUAAUAAAAUAUUCAGUACAAAUAUAUGUUUGGAUUUAUGCAUUAAAAAACUAAUACAAUUAUUUUCAACUUU